UCCAUGCUCACUGCCAACAUGCAUCUGUAUGCAAGCUAUGCAAGCUCUUUUCUCUUCGCGUUAUUAUGUGUUCUGAUAUCUACCUGUAUUCGACAUCUACGACGCACCAUGCAAGCAAGACGUCUCACGACGUAUGAGGACAUCCGCGCGCUCCUCGAUCCUCCGCUCUCGCUCACCGAGCAGCUGUGCUCUCGCGCCAUCCCUAACGCCCGUUUGAAACGGGCCUUCCAAAUCUACUCAACGUUCGUCCGAGGUGACAUUGCUGCGCACUCGUCCUUCACGAGAGAUGCUGCUCGGUUCAUCUCCGCCCGCAAUAUACCCUGGGCCCGCUUUGCGGACGUCGCCAACGACGCCGUCGCAUUAUAUCUCCCCAGGUCGGCUGAUACCAUCAUGUUCGAUACCUUUAUCUCCAGGGUCACUAUUCAUGUGGUCCUCGUCGGCAUUCUGGGUGCUGACUCCGAACACGUGGGUAUUGAUCCUCUCGACGUCGACGUUGUCACGUCCGGCAUUAACGACCUUUGGGUGAAAUCCAAGGCCUCCGCACCGCUCCCUCCUAAUCUCCUCGAGGAUGUCAAUUCCCGUCUUCGCCGCUGGCUUCCAGCACUCGCCAAUCCGUUGGAGUUUGUCAUCCCCGCAUACGAAACGAUAUGGCGAGUCGUCGCUACCGCCGUCGCUUUAAAUCAUGAUAAUGAAGAAACUCGAAACUCAUUUCUGUUGUUUCUGCAAGAACCGGACGCAGAUCAGUUUCGCCGUUUUACCGGUGAAAGCGCUAGCGUGGAGGCAACUAUACAGGAGGUUCUCCGCCUCUACCCUCCAACGCGGCGUAUCUCGCGCGCCGUCACGAUAUACCCAUUCCCUUUCCUACCCUAUCUCAUCUCCAAGUACUUGAGCCGCGAGAUUAUCGUGGCCGCUGACAUUGAAGCGCUGCAAAGGAGUGCCGUUUGGGGUCAUCUUGCUAUGCAAUAUGACCCUCUCCGCCACCACCCGCAGCGCUGCAAUGACGCACAGCGCCAGACACUGCUUGCAUUCGGCGCAGGCAAGUUGACCUGCGUGGCGAAGAACUGGGCUCCACAGGCAGCCGCGCUUAUCGUCGCUGCUGUAUUCGACCGAGUGGGAGUGGACAAGGCAUUUAAGAUUGAAGCGGGGAGGGAGAUUUUAGGUGGGAGGGAGGGAUGGGAGGGAUGGAUUGUUAAGAGGAUUGACUGA